AUGGACAAUGAAACUAUGGUCAGUUUUGAUGUACAGUCUCUAUUCACCAACCUACCAAUAGAGGACUGUGUCAAAAUAGUAUCAAGAAAGCUACGGGAUAAUAGUAUGCAAGAAGAAUACACUGAACUUUUGAAACACUGCCUUACAUCUGGCUAUCUAUUGUGGAAUGAUGAAUUCUACAAGCAAGUGGAUGGAGUGGCCAUGGGUUCGCCGGUCUCUCCCGUUGUAGCUGACAUCUUCAUGGAGGCCUUCGAGGAGACCGCCCUAAACACAUCACCUGUGACCCCUCGUUUCUACAAGCGGUAUGUAGAUGACACUUUCACAAUAUUACCAUCUGAUAAAAUAUCUGUAUUCUUAGAACAUCUUAACUCCAUAAACCCUAAAAUACAAUUUACAAUGGAAUUGGAGUCUAAUAAUUCUUUAGCUUUCUUAGAUGUAUUAGUCAUACGUAACCCAGAUAACACCUUGAGUCAUACUGUGUAUCGAAAGAAGACCCAUACUGAUAGGUACUUGAAUGGUGAAUCUCACCACCCCCCUUCACAGUUAGCUACCGUGGGAAAAUCUUUGUUUCAGAGGGCACGCGGGAUCUGUGACGAGCAACACCUGGCCGGAGAACUGCAACAUGUCAAGCAAGUUCUGCGAGACAACAAGCUGCAAGUGCCGCGCCUACGUCACAGGGACCGAGUGAAACCAGCCACAGUUGAGCGCGUCCCUGCAGUCCUACCUUACAUGAGAGGCGUCACUGACAAGAUUGGCUACAUUCUAAAGCGAGCUUCAAUUAAAACUUACUUCAAGCCGCCAAAGAAAAUUAGUCAGUUUCUACCACCUGUCAAGUGCCACAUCCCUCUACAAGAUGCAGGAGUUUACAAGCUUGAUUGUGAUUGUGGGCUCUCUUACAUCGGACAAACAAAGAGAUCCAUUAGAACCCGGGUCAAAGAACACAUAGCUGAUGUGAAGCACCGUCGCAAUACAACAUCUGCUGUCUGCAAACACAGUCAGGACCGCCCAAGCCAUUAUAUUCGCUUCGAUAGGCCUCAAAUCCUGGCGAAAGAAAACCGAUAUCGCCCUAGAAUGAUUCGAGAAGCCAUAGAAAUUAAAAAACAUCCUAAUUUCAAUAGGGAAGAUGGCUGGGUACUACCAUCGUCAUGGGAUCCUGUUAUUAAUAUAAUAAAAUCUAAUAAUAAAUCUAAACAUAACAGACAGGUAGAUGUAGUAAGUUCUUACUGUGUAGAUCAAAAUGAUAGCAUUUCUGAU